ACCCCGACCCCCUGUUCCUCCAACCCCCUUGCACUCUUCCUAGUCCUCCUGGCACCCCGACCCCUUGUUCCCCCUGCGCCCCUGUCUCCCGGAUCGCCCAGCACCCCUGCUCCCCUGGCUCAAGUCCUCGUCCCUGGAUCCCCCUGAGGUCCUUGCCCCCCACCCCUUUUCCCCCUUCUUCUCCUCACUCUGGGGAUUCCCCCCACCCCACCUUCUCCUGGGUCGUCUUCUCUCCCCCAACCUCGCCUCGUCCAUGACAAGCGCCCGGGACUAGCGAGCGGCUGAAGGAACCAUGUCCUAUGUCCCUUUUCGAGAUGUGCGAGGAGCCCCCAUGCACCGCAUGCCCUACAUGCACUCUCCCUACGAACGCCCAGCCUGGAAUCCACGAUUCUGCAUCAUCUCUGGAAACCAGCUGCUUAUGCUAGACGAGGACGAGAUCCACCCGUUGCUGAUGAGGGAACGGCGAAGUGAACCCUGCCGGACCAAGCUGCUGCGCCGCACGGUCAGCGUCCCUGUGGAGGGGCGGCCUGAGCACGAACACCACGUGAGCCGCUCCCGGAGGAAGAGCGUCCCUGCAGGGAAGCAAUACAGCAUCAACAUGGACGCGCCCCCGGCACCCCCAUUCCGGCCCUCGCAGGGCUUCCUGAGCCGGCGUUUGAAGAGCUCCAUCAAACGGACAAAGAGCCAGCCCAAACUGGACCGGACCAGCAGUUUCCGCCAGAUCCUGCCACGGUUCCGGAGUGCUGACCAUGACAGAGCCCGCCUCAUGCAGAGCUUCAAGGAGUCGCACUCCCACGAGUCCCUGCUGAGCCCCAGCAGCGCGGCUGAGGCCCUGGAGCUCAACCUGGAUGAGGACUCCAUCAUCAAACCCGUGCACAGCAGCAUCCUGGGCCAGGAGUUUUGCUUCGAGGUCACCACUGCGUCCGGCACCAAGUGCUUUGCUUGCCGCUCAGCCGCAGAGCGCGACAAGUGGAUCGAGAACCUGCAGCGAGCCGUGAAACCCAACAAGGAUAACAGCCGGCGGGUGGACAAUGUGCUGAAGCUGUGGAUCAUUGAGGCACGGGAGCUGCCACCCAAGAAGCGCUAUUACUGCGAGCUGUGCCUCGACGACAUGCUCUACGCCCGCACCACCAGCAAGAUGCGCACGGACAAUGUCUUCUGGGGCGAGCACUUCGAGUUCAACAACCUGCCAGCCGUGCGCACCAUCCGCCUGCACAUCUACAAGGACACGGACAAGAAGCGCAAGAAGGACAAGAGCAACUACGUGGGCAUGGUCAGCAUCCCCAUCGCCAGCGUCACCGGGCGCCACUUCGCCGAGCAGUGGUACCCGCUCAGCCAGCCCAGCACCAGCAAGAGCAAGGCCAGCUGCCCUGCUGUGCGCGUCAAGAGCCGCUUCCAGACCAUGAGCAUCCUCCCCAUGGAGCUGUACAAAGAGUUUGCUGAGUAUGUGACCAACAACUACCGCAUGCUGUGUGCCGUGCUGGAGCCGGUCCUGAGCGUCAAGAGCAAGGAGGAAGUGGCCUGCGCGCUGGUGCACAUCCUGCAGAGCACUGGCAAAGCCAAGGAUUUCCUCUCGGACAUGGCCAUGACGGAAGUUGAUCGGUUCAUGGACCGGGAGCACUUGAUAUUUCGGGAGAACACCCUGGCCACGAAAGCCAUAGAGGAGUAUCUGAAACUCAUUGGCCAGAAAUACCUCAAGGACGCCAUUGGUGAGUUCAUCCGGGCGCUCUACGAGUCAGAGGAGAACUGUGAGGUUGACCCCAUGAAAUGCUCCUCAUCCACCCUGCCUGACCACCAGGCCAACCUGCGUAUGUGCUGUGAGCUGGCGCUCUGCAAGGUCGUCAAUUCGCACUGUGUGUUCCCGCGGGAGCUGAAGGAGGUGUUUGCCUCGUGGCGUCUGCGCUGCGCUGAGAGGGGCCGCGAGGACAUCGCUGACCGGCUGAUCAGUGCCUCGCUCUUCUUGCGCUUCCUGUGCCCGGCGGUCAUGUCGCCCAGCCUCUUUGGGCUCAUGCAGGAGUACCCAGACGAGCAGACGUCCCGCACGCUGACCCUCAUCGCCAAAGUCAUCCAGAACCUGGCCAACUUCAGCAAGUUCGGCAGCAAGGAGGAGUACAUGGCAUUCAUGAACGAGUUCCUGGAGCUGGAGUGGGCCAGCAUGCAGCAGUUCCUCUAUGAGAUCUCAAACCUCGACACCCUGACCAACAGCAGCAGCUUUGAGGGCUACAUUGACCUGGGCCGCGAGCUCUCCACACUGCAUGCUCUGCUCUGGGAGGUCAUGCCCCAGCUCAGCAAGGAAGCCCUGAUCAAGCUAGGCCCCCUGCCUCGGCUGCUCAAUGACAUCAGCGUCGCCCUCAGGAACCCGCAUAUCCAGCGGCAGCCAAGUCACCAAGGGGAGCGGCUGCAAACUAAGCCCAUCAUCCUGCGGGGGCCAUCCUCUGACAUGCAGCCCUACAUGAUGCGUGACCUCAACAGCUCCGUCGAUCUGCAGCCCUACAUGGUGCGGGGCCUCAACAGCUCCAUGGACAUGACCCGGUUGCCUUCGCCCACCAAGGAGAAGGGCUCCAAGGACAUGUUCUUUGUGACGCGACCCCCGCUGGCCCGCUCCUCGCCUGCCUACUGCACCAGCAGCUCCGACAUCACGGAGCCCGACCAGAAGAUGCUGAGCGUCAACAAGAGCGUCUCGAUGCUGGACCUGCAGGACAGCCGCAUGAACAGCGUCUCCAACCUGCAGAGUGUGGGCGACAUGCUCAACAGUAGCCAGGCCUCCAUCACCGCGGCCAUGGGACUGCGGCCCAGUCGCCUCUCGCAGGGCAGUGGCUCCAGCAUCGCGGCUGGCCUGCGGCUCAGCCACAUGGGAGUCACCACUGAUGGGGCUGCAGCCCAGCAGCUUAGGGUGCCCCUCUCCUUCCAGAACCCCCUCUUCCACAUGGCCUCAGACGGGCCCUCAGCCGCACCCUCGCACCGGCCGUCUGAGGGCAACCCCGACACCUUUGCCCCCUUCCACGGCUACAGCAAAAGCGAGGAUCUGUCCGCCAGUAAGCACAUCAUCCACAGCCACAGCUACAGUGACGAGUUCACCCGCCAGGGCUCCGAGUUCACCAAGCGCCAGCUCUCGCUGCAGGAGAACCUGCAGAACAUGCUCUCCCCCCCACAGAUCACCAUCGGGCCCCAGCCCCAGCGAGCCCCGCCCCAGCCGCAGCCCCAGGUCCCACUUCAGCGCGGAAAGUCUCAGCAGCUGACGGUCAGCGCGGCCCAGAAACCCCGGCCCUCCAGUGGCAACCUGCUGCAGUCACCUGAGCCCACCUACGGGCCAGCCCGUGCCCGCCAGCAGUCGGUCACCAAGGAGACGCCCUCUGCACUCAAGCCAACCAUUACCAAGCAGCCAUCGCACACGCCUUCCACGCUGAACCCGGUCAUGCCGGCCUCUGAGCGCACCGUGGCCUGGGUUUCCAACAUGCCACACCUGUCAGCCGACAUUGAGAGCUCCCACAUCGAGCGCGAGGAGUACAAGCUGAAGGAGUACUCCAAAUCCAUGGAUGAGAGCCGGCUGGACCGGGUGAAGGAAUAUGAGGAGGAGAUCCACUCACUGAAAGAGCGGCUGCACAUGUCGAACCGCAAGCUGGAGGAGUACGAGCGGCGCCUGAUGUCACAAGAGGAGCAGACCAGCAAGAUCCUGAUGCAGUACCAGCAACGGCUGGAGCAGAGUGAGAAGCGGCUGCGCCUGCAGCAGGUGGAGAAGGACUCACAGAUCAAGAGCAUCAUCGGCAGGUUGAUGCUGGUGGAGGAGGAGCUGCGCAGGGAUCACUCGGCCGCCCACGACGUCUCCGAACCCCGGAAACGCCUGCUCGACGCUCAGCUUUUCAUCAGGAGAGGCAGCUUUCCGCCGUGGGUACAGCAAACCCGCGUUUGAGCGGCGCUUUGGCCCAGCCAUGGAACGGGAUCCUGCCCGCCCAGCCACCGCCUCCGCCCCCGCGACUCCAGAUCACGGAAAAUGGAGAGUUCCGCAACACCGCUGCUGAGCACUAGCCACCGCCCCCGCGAGACGCGGCCCGGGGAAGAUGGGGGGCACCCCCAGCCCGCAGCUCGGCGGGAGCAGCAGAGACCCUGGCAGGGACACAGUGCCCCUCCCAAGCAAAUAAACCUGCACUGGGGGGGCACCCCCUUUGCCCCCUCCCCUUGCACCAGCGUCCCCCCCCCCCCCGGUUCCUGCCUCCUUGAACCAGCCUCCCCACACUGUCCUCGGGGACAGUUCAAUGCUUUGAACUCAACUUCAGGGUGUUUUAUAGCAGAACACAGAUGACAAUCUUACACCCCCUCCCAUACACCUUCCCCUCUCCUCCCAGAGGGAGCAGGGCUGACACCUCCUCCGCCCCUCCAUGGACCUCCGCUUCCCCCUGGAGGAAAUUGGGACAUUACCUCUUCGCCACUUCGAAUUUCUCAGGAGUGGUCUCAUCCUCCCCCUGGCAGCCAUUUUAUAGUAUUGCCCUCUCCUUUCCUGGUGUGUGCCCAUGGGAGAGGGGAGGGAGUAAACUCACCUCCAACCUGCCCCCAGGAGCCAGGGCGGGGGGCAGCUAGGGGGGCUGAUUUUGGUUGGCCGUGUUCCUGGAGGUUUAAUGAAAGUUGAGUCUUUAAUUCCUGGAGACAAUCCUGGAGGGUUGGCAACUGAGACUGGAGGCAGCUUGAGCCAAAGCUGUCCCCAUUUCCCUUCAUGUGCGGGUCUCUGCUUGGCUCCAGCUCCCCAGGACAGGGGCAUUCCUCAGAGGGGGUAGAGGUUUCACUAACAGGGAAGGGCUCCCAGCUCUUUGUCCCAGUAUUUCUCUCUCUCUCUCUCUCCCCCCCCGCCCUCCUCCAGCAACGGGAUGUGGGUCAGGGUGGAAGGCUUGUGGAGUUGCAGGUACUCUCCCUGCCCCACCCAUCACACGCUAGCCUCACCCCCAGCAAGGCAGGGCUGCCCCACACCAUUGCCUUGGCCAAGGGAGAGACCACCCCCUCUUUCCUGCCUGGCCAGGGUCAGUGCUGGGGUUUGCCCCUCACCUCUGCCAUUCCUACCUGGUGUCAGCACUGGGGGUCUCCCCGCAACUCCCACCUGGUGCCAGUGCUGGGAUCCCAUCACCCUCUCCCUGUGCUCUCUGCGCUCUCUAUAUGCAGAUAAAGGGCUUUGCCUGCUCAGCCCCCCCUUCUCCCCCCCAUGUGUCCUGCACCCACCCCAGUCUUUGGAAAUGACAAUUAUCUAGACAUUGAUCGGGGGGGGGGGAGUUUCUGGGGGGGGGCAUUGAGGGAGGGGCUCUUUCUUUCUUUCCUUCCUGUUCUCAGACCCCCCAUCCCCCCAGUCUGGGGUUGGUGGGGGGGGAACAACCAACAAAAUAAUUAAGAAGCCAUUUCUCUGCCCACCCGCCUGCGUGUGCAGGGCACCGGGGCAGGGGAGCGCCCUCCCCCCCCACACCAGAGCACGGAGAACUGGAGGGGACUCUUGUGGCUAUUCACCGUCGUGCUAUGGUCUGAGCUGCUGGGUGAAUGUGUUCAGCGCAGUGAUUGUACUGGGUGUUUCUUUGCUGUUUCUGUGUCUCUAUUUCAGACUCUGGCGAGGACAAGACUCGCCAUUAACCAGCCCUCCCCUGCCCCCUCCCCCACCUCAGUCCAUAUUUCUUUUGUAAGGACUCUCCCCUUCCUUCCCCCCUCCCCAACAGCGGCGACUCGGGCGGCGCCAUGAUAUUUAUACGUAUUAAUUAUUAUUAUUAUUAUUAUAUAAAAGUUUGUACAUAUGUGAAAUUUCCUCUCCCCUGCCCCGCCUCCCCCGGCCCAUCCUGGCCGCAUCGCCCCCAGGCUGGGAGCUGUAAUUACCACCGGAUUUGUACUGUACAUAGACCUCUCCGGACCUCAGUCUCUGUACAUAGCCCCCCACCCCGGGAAGAGAGUUCAGGU